UCAUAACGGAUGCAGCAAGCUCAGGGCUGCUGGGGCUAUGGACUGCCAAGCCGACAGGUGCCAGGGCUCAGCCCUGGCGCACAUUAAGCACUGGUGCGGGCACAUGCAGUGAUGUCUCUUGCACGGCUCCUUGGCACUGGGAUUGCGAUUUGCUCCUUGCCCUGCAUCCAAACAGCGAGGCCCUCCCACUCCACUUCCCUCUGAAGGGAGUUUCCACGCCAUUCGCGUUGCCUCCGAGUGCAUUGCCCCAGGCGUGGGGCGUGGGCCCAUCCCCUGCACACCCAGCUCCGGGGGCAGCUCGCCGCUGCUCCUCGGGGUGGGUGCCGCGUGUCAUUGGCCAGGCAGCGGGAGCACGUGGGGCUGGGUGUAAUCUGCAGGCUCGGCCUGGGAGGGGAGGGGAGGGGAGGGCGCCCGUCUGACUCACUCGCUGACUCUAAUCCCGCUGGAGGAGAAGUCAGGACACAAACAGACUUGAGGAGCGAGUCCAGCCGGACGGGCCAGGGAGCCGCGCAGAGCCGGGGUGGCGAGCCGGAGGCCGAAGGGGGGGAGAUGAAGGCAUCGAGCCCUUUGCCGACGCUGUUCGGUGCCAUCCUCGCUGUCUCAGCUGUGACGGGUGAUUUCUGUGAUGUGAACCACUGUGAGAACGGGGGUACCUGCCUGACUGGUAGCGAUGAGACUCCAUUCUUCUGUAUCUGCCCUGAAGGUUUCACUGGGAUUGACUGCAAUGACACGGAGAAAGGCCCCUGCCACCCUAAUCCCUGCCACAACAAUGGCGAGUGCCAGCUGGUGCCCAACCGGGGUGAUGUCUUUAUGGAAUAUGUCUGCAAGUGCCCUGCGGGGUAUGUAGGCACCCACUGCCAAAAGAGCUGUGCUGUUUUGCUGGGCAUGGAGGGAAGGGCCAUUGCAGAUGCCCAGCUCUCGGCCUCAUCUGUGUACUAUGGGUUCCUAGGCCUGCAGCGCUGGGGUCCCGAGCUGGCCCGACUCAACAACAAUGGAAUUGUCAAUGCCUGGACCUCCAGCAACUAUGACAAGAGCCCCUGGAUUCAGGCAAACCUGCUGAGGAAGAUGCGGCUGACAGGGAUCAUCACGCAGGGUGCCCGUCGUGCGGGCUGGGCAGAGUACGUCCACUCCUUCAAAAUAGCACACAGCCUGGACGGCCGUGUGUUUGUGUUCUGCAGGGACGAGAAACAGGAUCGAGACAAGGUUUUCCUGGGGAACACAAAUAAUGAUGGCAUGCAGUCCAACACGUUCAAUCCUCCGAUCACAGCCCAGUACAUCCGCAUCUACCCUGUGAUGUGUCACAGGGCUUGCACGCUGCGCUUUGAGCUGGUGGGCUGCGAAUUGAAUGGUUGUUCGGAGCCGCUGGGCAUGAAAUCCCGCCUGAUCUCUGACCAGCAGAUCACAGCCUCCAGCAUUUACAAGACUUGGGGCAUCGAUGGUUUCACCUGGUACCCACAUUACGCCCGCCUGGAUAAGACAGGCAAGACCAAUGCCUGGACUGCACUCAACAACGACCAAUCUGAGUGGCUGCAGAUUGACCUGCUGACUCAGAAGAAGGUGACCGGUGUCAUCACCCAAGGGGCUCGGGAUUUUGGGCACAUUCAGUAUGUGGCAGCCUACAAAGUGGCUUACAGUGAUGAUGGGACAUCCUGGACCGUUUACAAGGACAACAGGACGAACAGCAGCAAGAUCUUCCAAGGAAACUAUGACAACACCUCUCACAAGAAGAACGUGUUUGACAUGCCCUUCUACGCCCGCUUUGUGCGCAUCCUGCCUGUGGCAUGGCACAACCGCAUCACGCUGCGCAUGGAGCUGCUGGGCUGUGAUGAGUAAUCUGCCGGGGAAGGCGGCGUGGAAGGAAAGGACUGGCCUGCCGCCUGCCCCCACCUCCCACUCCUGGCCUUUCCCCUGCACGCCUGCUGCUGUAACAUCCCCUCUCUGUGUCUCACCCACGCUGCCCCACGACGUCUGUGUCUGGUUCCUGGUCUGGCAGUGGGGAGGGCUGGAGAGGGGCAGUGAGUGCAUGACUGUAGCUGAAGCUGAUAGAAAUCUCAUGGGAGGGCUCUGGGUCCCCCUUGCCUUUGCUUUAGAAAAGCAUGUGACAGCCCCGCAUUGGUGGGGCUACCGUACUUGCACUAACACGCAAAGGCCCCUGCAGCUCUCUGGGCCCACAGCUCUGCACUUUAGGGGGCUGUCCCAGAUGAGGGGCUCUUGCUCUCUGAGCCCCUCAUGUUGGUCCAGGUGUUUCCCAUCCAGGCCCUUAUGGGGCUCCCUGCAAACAGAGGCCCUAGCAAUCUCCAUCAGAUUCUGAAAACUACUCCCCCUUGUAGCUCUGCUUCCACUGAAGGGCCCUUAGCAAUCGAGAGCUCGUCUGUCUCCCAUCACCUUCGGCAUUCAGGGGAGCCUUUGAGCGAGAUGCCCUGGAGACAGGGCAGGCCCCUCCACUCAUGGCCUCUAUCUUUCAAGCAUAGCCAGGUAGCUGGCUUCCCCCUUACGUGUGUCGAGGGGAGAGGGAGCUUCCAGUUAUUUGGCUCGUAAAGUAAUUCAGAAGGGCCCUCGGGAAGAAUCUGUUGCUACUGAGUGCACCAAUCACCCCCUCCUUGCAGGCUGCUGCCCGGCAGCGAUGUUGCUCUGGGUUCUGUCAGUUCAGCAUAGUGUCAGGGGAGUGAUGAGAAGGGGCGGGGGCAUAGAUCAAGUCAGAAGUCACAGGGCUCCAGUGCGGGGAGAAGCUGGCAGCUGGGAAUCUGUACACACAGGGCCUCGAUUUCAGACCGGGCAUUUGGCUUUGCACUGCAGAAACUGCCCUGCUCCUGCAGGGCACGCAUGGGAAGAUCUGUCCUACUAGUGUGGGAGCUGGGCACAAAGGGGGGACGUGCAUAAUUUCUGUUGUAAAAUCUGGGGGGGGGCUGGGAAUGUGGCCAACAGUGACUGACCCAAUGUCCAGCACCUGCCCAUAAUGCCCCAGGGUGGACGCCGGAACACCUGCUACUCACAAACACUGCAGGCACAAGAACAGGACAAGUGCUAUCUGCAUUCCCACUUUUGGUCCUAUGAGCAUCGCUUCUGAGCACCCAACUGGCCAGGAAUUCAUACAGGACAGCACAGCCAACCUGCCAGUCACCACUAGGCUCUCAUCCCCCACUGCCACCAAGAAGUGAAGCCCCGUGCCCCUGCCCAGGUAGCCAUUGUUCCUGGACUCCAGCUAUUGUAGUGCAUCACAGCGAAGUCCACAGCCCAAACCCUCCUAUAGGCCAAAAGGACGGCCCCAGCAAACAGUUUAUCCAUGGUGUUUCACGGUACCGAGUCCGUGAUGGUGCCCUGCUAAAGAAGAACCUAGAGAUUCUCCAGCCAUGUUUUCUGAUGUUUCCUCAAUUCCAUCAUCUCAGGACAGUGCAAGGCAGGGGUGGCACACAGAACAAACUGGGCUUGUGGUAUGGAGCUUUGAAACCCUCCUCCAGCCCUGCUCACAUGCAGGGAACUCCCUAGCAGACCCAUGGUACGAUUCUUGGCACAGAGGUGACUGGCAUGUUGCAUGAUCCAUGAAUGAGCCUGGGGUGAGGACUCAGGGUGUUCUGUGCUGGUUCUGAACCAAACUUCUGCCGCAGCACUCCAGGGUCCUUGGAGAGAGAGAGAGAGAGUGUGUGUGUGUAUAUCUGUGUGCUCUGCUGAUCUGCCAAAGCCUCUGGCCACCUCCCAUUGAGACUGCUCAGUUUGCAUAGUAACUCCCCUUGCUUUCCCAUGAGACAGUCUCAGGAUGUUAAUUCUGGGAAAGAGGGGCCCAGGCUCUGCGGUGUCUAUAGCUCUUCCCCCAUCACUGGGCAGAGGUUUCCCUCAGCGGGGUUGGUGUCCAUCAUAGCCUGUCAACAUGCAGUUCUGAGUGCCUGCCCCUUGCCUUCUGGUUCACAGGGUUACCAGUUCUCCUGAUUUUAGUGUGAGUCUCAUGAUAUUUGGUCUUUUCUCAAAGCCCCAGCUUCUGGGGUCAGGUGAUUACAGGAGAAUCUCAGUUCUCAUUUAAAGAGAAAAACUAAAAGUAGAUUCUGGUCAUAUUGGUUGCAGAGAAAAGCUUGAAAACAUGACCAUUAAAUGCUCCAAACCCAGAAGGACAAUCAGAAGAACCCAACAUUGAUUCUUUUUUAAAUCUCAGGAUUUUUAAGCCAAUCUUGCAUUUUAGGGGGCCUGUCUCAUGAUACUUGAGUGCUUCAGGAUGGUAAUACUGGGUCCAUCCAUGCACACUACCCGCUACAAGAGUGAGAGUGGGGACAGACAGGCACAGCGACUGCCCCAGAGGGUGUGCCCCUCACUGACCUCACAGCAUGGCAACAGCUUGGCGUCUGGCUGAGCAGAGGCUCCAGAUUUGGGAUCAGUCCCCGUUGGCAGGGAUGUGUGUGUCUCUGGUGUGGAUCUGACUUGAAGCGUGAUGCAGAGCUGGACCUUCUUCACGUGUGUUUGUGAGGGAGAUGGAUUCUUUGGUGUAAAUGAUGGCAUGAGCGAGUCUUGGAUGGGAAGGCAGCACACCCUGUAAGCGUGUCUGAGAGUAUUAAAACGAGCUGAAACUCA